AUGGAUGCGCUGCACUGCUCGUUCUCUGAACUUACACAGCAUGGGAAGUCGAACCGCUUCAGCCCCUGCGGGGGCCUUUAUAAACUCGAUGUGGCGCGGAAGCCAGGAACGGGAACGCAGGUCAAACACACAUUGCUGGAGGAAGAUGAAGGGACGCCAAUUACGGACGAGGCGAUCAAGCGCACACGAUUCAGUCAACAGGAGGAGGAAUCCACCAAGACUGGCUUCCCCGAAGUGACCAUUGCAGUAGCCGGCGAAGAAAAUGCCGGCAAGUCUAGCUUCGUCAAAUGUGCCCUCGAUAUGAAGAGCCCGCCUGCCUCGCCCAUGAACAAGAAGAAAAUGUCAUUGAACGGAUCGGUCUAUAUUGUGCAUCUGAUGGAAGUCGACCUGACCCAGAUUCGGUUCGACCAGGACAAGAAGAUCAUCUGGCCUCGUACAGGGCACGAUAAAUCCACGCCAGUCAUUGACGGAGUUCUGGUUUUACAUGAUGCCACCAAACCGGAUCGACUUGCUUUAACAACGAAUCUUAUUGACUCAUUGGCUGCCUCGGAUCUUCCUUUCCUGCAGGUUGCCUGCAAGUGCGAUGUCAACCCUGAACCUUUGGAAGACAGUGAAGUGGAUGCGAUCCAUGAUCGAUAUGAGAUCUAUCGAACGUCGUUUUCGUCGCCUCGAUCUCAACGCAUGUGUAUAGCGUUGGUUUUGGGGGCAGUGAUUUCUACUCGAGAAGGUAAACAAAAAUUUCCCUUUUCCUUUUUCUCUCUUCUGUUCUCGGACAAACCAAACCCAUCGAAGUUGGAAAUGUGCCUUGACCCCCCCAAGUGGAAGCGGGCCAAGAACCUCUCAGUCUUUUUUGCUUUUCCCCCUUCUAACCCCUCUUCUUCAUUAGAUCUCUCUAAUAAUCCUAAUAUUCCUCUGGAUUCACCGACGAAAAUCAAAACUACCCACGAUUGGCACCAUACCCGUGCCAACUCCGAAAACCCCUCAGCCGUGUUCACAGCCGCUGGCGGCCCACAAACGGCCUCAGAUCAAUGUGUCGAUGGGGAUGGUGAGGACCGUCUCCCAACCGAUGGAAACCACCUGCAGCAUACGUCCAAUUCCCACCGUUAUGCCCCCAGUAACUUGCAACCGGUGCGACCGCAAACUCCGCCAUCCGGAGCGUGUUUAAAUACCCACAUACCGUCGGCACAAGAACAAAACUCUCCCAAUCACGAUAACCGUCAGCAACGAUUGCAUAACGCCUGGCGACACAGUGGUGGAUCAGACGCUUUCAACAGUUUCUUAAAUAUGGAUGACGAGGCAGACGAUGAUCAGAGCCGGCCCACGAGCCCUGGCGCAGUUGUGCGGGCAAAGCCGAGCAGUGAGAGCAACUCGAGUGCAGAGACAGGUCUAUCCUUCGAUGAGCUAGUCGAUCGUUUGAUUUCCUUGCCGAUGUCGAAACAAGACCAAAAGUUCCGUUCUACAUUUCUCUGCCUGUACCGAAAGUUUGCCGCUCCCGCAAGUCUCUUAAAUGCCUUGAUAAGCCGAUUCGAGCGAAAUGAGAUGGGUAACGAGGACCAGCUGGCCCGCAUGGCGGAUCAGCUGCGAUUACUCGAUGUUAUGGCGCAAUGGGCGUCGGACUACCCUGGAGAUUUCGCUCACCCCAACCUUCACAAACGGAUCAUUGAAUUUGUCGCUAUACUCGAAAAGAGCCAUUUCUACAUGUUUGCUGCGAAGGAGAUCGGGUCGCAAUUAGAUUCCAAUGCACAAGACGAUGAUAUCGGCUGGGCAUAUGGGGGCGACAGUGAUCUCGAGGAGUCCGAAAUGGUUGAGACAUUCUUCGACAACUCCGGCCGAAGUUCUCCAGCCGCGGGUCUCACUGGCUCUGCCUCUGGCACGAACACUUACGACACCGAAGAAGAACAAGACCCCAUAUAUAGUAUGAGUGCACUGGAUCUCAGUAGUGGACCGCAUGACUCAACAUCACGACUCUCAGGCACUCUUUCAGUCUCCUCGAAUCCCGACAAACCGAACGGCAUUACCAGCCAGUCAUUCACAUUGCUGAGCCUGGACGCAGCCCAAAAAGAGGCUUUGCGUCUUGAAUUAACACAUAAGACUUCACUUGGCAAACUCCAGUGGCGGAUCUUCAUGGAUACGCCGGAAGAGGAGUUCGCACGAGAACUGACGCGUGUUGACUGGGUCAUGUACAACUCAUUCCGGCCGCGUGAUCUUGUGCGUCAUGUCAGCAUCUCAGGCAUUGACAAGGAUAAGAUCCAGAGCUUGACGAAUGUCAAUCGGAUGAUCAAGCAAUUCAAUCAUCUGGCCUUCUUCGUGGCCAGCCUGAUUCUCUUACGCGAUAAGCCUAAGCAUAGAGCGCAGGCGCUGGAGAAGUUCAUGAACAUCGCAGUGAAACUCCGACGCCAAAACAACUACAACUCCUUGGGUGCUGUAAUCGCUGCCAUCAACGGCACCCCUGUCCACCGCCUCACACAAACUCGAGACCUGAUCCCCAUCCCAGCUCAGAAAGAGUUCAUGCGUUUGGUCAUCCUCAUGAGCACCCAACGAAGCCACUUUGCCUACCGCCUUGCUUGGGAGAAUUCGUUCUCAGAGCGAAUCCCAUUCCUACCUCUCCACCGUCGCGACCUUGUCUCUGCCGAAGAAGGUAACAAGACAUUUGUCGGCGAGAACAAAUCUCGCAUCAAUUGGAAGAAAUUCGAGGUCAUGGGUGAGGUUGUUCUCGGAAUUCAGCGAAGCCAAAAGAGCCCUCAUCCGCAGGCUCAAAAAUUCGACGAUGUCGAGAGACUGAUCCUGGACUCGAAGCUCUCUGGAGACGAAGAGGACUUGUAUGCUCGUAGCUUGCACGUCGAACCGUCCACGGGAGCCGAGGGACGAAGGAAGUUCGGCUGGUUGCGCUCUUAA